UUAGCUGUAUUCUUCCUUGACAUCCAAUGAUGAAACUCAUAUGCAGGUAUUAGUCUGAAAAAUUUAUAAUUCUCCAUGUUAAUGGGGAAGAAGCACCCAUCUCUGAUCAAGUAGCUCGGAAAGUGAUUACUCAUAUACUUCUUGCAUAUUUUAAAAAGAAUAUGAUCUUUUAACUGAUCACCGAUUUGGAAUUGUUGUAAUAGAUCUGCAGAUGACCUUUUUGUAUGCGGUGAUGAUUUCGACUAUUGCGUUGUUCCCAGGAGAAUGUAAGUGUGUGGUACUAUUUCACCGUGCCUACUGCUGAUAGAGGACUUGAUGAUUUUGAAUUUUAAUCGUCAGUCAUUUCUGGGCCGUUCUUGCCAAAUGUCAUCUGGGUGUCUUGGAUCCUAUUGUGAGGCGGGAUAAGCGCAUUAUAGACGAUGAUUCGUUCGUUGAUCUCAAUUCUUUUAUCUUGACCAUCGCCGUUGAGUUGCCUACCUUUCAGUCUUUAUAGAUCGCACUUCGGAGAAAGCUCUCUGGAACUGCUGUCAAAUUUAUUGAAAAGCCUGGUUAAAAAACAGUACCAAUGAAUAAAGAAUUCACUAAUCAUUUUGUCAUCCUGUCUUUAACAAUAUUAUGUUCAGUUAUCAAUAUAAUAUAGCAGGAUACAGAAUGCAGUCUUCAGAAUACAAUUUUGACAAAAAAUUCAAUAUUAUAUGAAAUGUAAGUAGCGAAAGUAUUAAUAUAUGUGACAUUGCAACAAAAAGCAAUAAAAGUGAAGGUUACAUGCAAAUAGAUAAUUUUAAGUACUUAAUAUUUUAUGUUAGAGUUUUAAAAAAAACUGCAAUGGAUUGAUAGUUUAUAAAUGUGAAGGUAUUGUGUUUAAAAGACAGAUUUUUUAAUACGUAAUGGGAGGAUACAAAGGAAAGCAUGUUUUUCACUGUAUUUUUCUUUUUCUACUAAUUUUGAUUUUUAUGAGUGCUAUCAAUAAAGGACAACAAAGCAGCAGAAAUAUUAUCGGGACCUAUGGAUUACUAGGUACCCUUAUAUUAUACUGUUUAAGGUUAUCUCCCUUAUUCCCGAUUAUUCAAACAAUUUUUAAUUUUUGUGGCCUUGUGUUUUACAAUGCUUUCCCCAAAAACGUGGAAUUGAAAAGUUCGUUGACGCGUGCACCGUUUUUAUGCAUAAGAGUCGUUACACGAGGAUUAUUUCCAAAUCUCAUUUUACGAAAUGUACCAAGAAACCUAGAAAUUUGUAAACAUGUUGGUUUAGAAAAUUUUGUACUAGAAGUUGUCACCGAUUACCCCAUCUUUAUCCCAAAAAAUGAAAAGGUCAGAGAAAUUAUUAUCCCCAGUAGUUAUGAAACUAAAAAUGGAUCACUGUUUAAAGCUAGAGCUUUACAUUAUUGCUGGGAAGAUAGUGUUAAUAAAUUGAGCGAUUCGGAUUGGAUUGUUCAUUUAGAUGAAGAGACUUUGCUAACGGAAGACUCACUGAAAGGUAUACUGAACUUUGUCACUGAAGAUAAAUAUGAUUUUGGCCAAGGAACAAUAAUAUAUGCUAGUGAAAUAGUAAAUUGGUUUACUACGCUUGCUGAUGCCUAUCGCGUAGCCCAAGAUAUGGGGAUGUUUCGGUUCCAGUUUUACGCAUUUAAUAAGCCGAUUUUAGGUUGGAAAGGUUCUUUUAUGGUCGCUAAGGCGAUUUCAGAGAGGAAAGUUUCCUACGACCAUGGACCUGAGGGCUCAAUUUCGGACGGACAUUUCGCUCUAAAGGCGUCCAGCAUGGGAUACACCUUCAACUUUAUCGAAGGCGAAAUGUGGGAGUUGAGUCCAUUAACCGUGUUUGACCUUAUUAGACAAAGAAAGCGUUGGCUUCAGGGUAUGAUUAUAACCGGUAAUUGUGAAAAGAUUCCAUUUAAGUAUAGGCUUUUAUUUCUAUUACAUACGUACGCGUGGCUGUCGCUACCUCUUCGAGUGUGCAAUUAUUUCACAGCUGAAUACUAUCCAGUACCGUUUCCAUAUGUAUUAGAUUUAUUAAUAGCUUUCAUCGGAGCCGUUGGGAUAUACUUGCAUAUCUAUGGCUCUAUUAGAUCUUACUCUACGAAACAGUACGGCUAUUUUAAAAUUAUCUUAGUUUUAGCGACAAUAGUGAUAUUGCCAGUUGUUCUUAUAUUAGAGGUAGUCGCGAUUUUUUUGGCGAUUUUCACUGAAAAUAAAGAAUUUUAUGUGAUAGAUAAAAAUAUUUGGAAAACAUGACCGAUCAACCGUGUACGAAAAUCUCUUAUUUUAGAGCAAUUUAUUAAUAGUUUAUUGUAAAAUACUAUUAUUAAAUACAUAAUAUUAA